UAAAGACUGCAGAAAGUAAUUCUUUUCGGACACAGUAUAUUUUUUGAUAAGUAAAAAUAAAAAAAGAAAAUAAUUUAGUUAAUAUCUUUUGUUUUUGUUCCAUCCUUGUUUGUUUAUCAUUUUUGUUAAAGGUCACUGUAGGAAGUGGAUGUGUAGGGAGCUUUUAAAGAACAUUCAAGAUUCAUGGCCAAGAAAAUAAGAAAAGUUGAGAUGAUUAUUGUAGGUGUUAUCUUAUGAUUGUGAUAAUAGAAAAGCUAUGAUAUUCCUUAUUUUAUUGAAUUGGAAUAAACUGUGACAGGAAUUUCUGAUAAAAGAAAGACGCUGUAAUUGGCAAUGAAGUUUAAAAGUUUGAUGAAAUGAUGAUCUGUUCUUGAAGAAAGAGAAAAUACCAUACUUUCAGUUUUUCUUCCAAAAUCACUCCUUGACACUGAAGAUGAGGAAAAUUACUUUUGUUGGGACAGGGGAAUUACACACUGUUGGCGUGCUUUUUUUUAAGAAGUUGCUUGGCUGGUACAUGGUAGUGACGCUGUUGGGUCUCUUUGCAGUGGGCGGCCCCCCAGAUGUACAGUGGGCGGGUGUUGGGUGGGCGGCCAGUCACGUGUCCGAUCUGUGGGCGCAGCGUGAGUCGCAGCGAUCACCUCAAGACCCAUCUGCGCACCCACACUGGGGAGAAGCCUUACAUCUGCCACAGUUGCCCCUACCGCUCCUCAGAUAGCAGCAACCUGCAGAAGCAUGUCAAGAAGCACCACCAACCUGCACCCUUGCAGCCGCAGACAUCACAUGUCCACCAUCAGCCUUUAUAGAAACACUCGAACCAAAUGGAAGUUACGAUACCGUG